UAUACAUUCAUACUACCAUCAUGCUUGCGAGACAGAGAAUUGUUCAGGUCGUGAGGACCCAGCCCGUGAGAGCGCUCUCGCAGGGCUCCAGCUUGAACUUCUUCCAGAAGCAGCGUUUGCCGGCGAACACCAUCGUCAGAUUCGUGCCACAGCAGACCGCGUGGGUGGUUGAGAGAAUGGGAAAGUUCCACCGAAUUUUGCCACCUGGAUUGGCUAUCUUGUUGCCGGUUUUGGACAAGAUCCAGUAUGUCCAGUCGUUGAAGGAGUCUGCAGUCGAGAUCCCGUCGCAGAGCGCAAUCACCGCAGAUAACGUGACGUUGGAGAUGGACGGUGUUUUAUACAUCCGCGUAGUGGAUGCUUACAAGGCGUCCUACGGUGUGGAGGACGCUGAGUACGCCAUCAGCCAGUUAGCGCAGACCACCAUGAGAUCCGAGAUUGGGCAGUUGUCGCUUGAUCACGUAUUGAAGGAAAGACAGGUUUUGAACCACAACAUCACCACUGCCAUCAACGAGGCAGCGGAAGACUGGGGUAUUCAGUGCUUAAGGUACGAGAUCAGAGACAUCCAUCCGCCAGCGAAUGUGUUGGAGGCCAUGCACAGACAGGUCAGUGCCGAGAGAUCCAAGAGGGCGGAGAUCUUGGACUCUGAGGGUCACAGACAGGCCAACAUCAACAUUGCCGAGGGGAGCAAGCAGUCUGUGAUCUUGGCGUCUGAGGCGUUGAAGUUGGAACAGGUCAACAUGGCUGCCGGUGAGGCCGAAGCCAUCUUAAUGAGAGCCCAGGCCACCGCUGGGGGGAUAAGGGAGAUCGCGAAGGCCAUCAACGAGACCCCAGGUGGUAAGGAUGCUGUUGCGUUGCAAGUCGCGCAGGACUACGUCAAGGAGUUUGGUAAGUUGGCGAAGGAGUCUAACACUAUUGUUAUUCCGUCAGGCAUGGGCGACAUGGGCUCUUGGAUGGCCAGCGGCAUGAGCAUCUAUAACAACUUGUCCAAGACGCUCACCCCGGAUGCCGCUGCCAAGAAGCUUCUCGAGCAGAAGUAGGUGUUCUGAUGAGCAAACGUGAAAUACCUGUACAUAUCAGUAUGAAAACCCAAGACAGUAUCGUGUAGUGAGUAAGGAUUCCCGAAUGAUGUAACCUGAGAUAUGUUUUAUCCAUCUGUCUCCACUGUCUUGGAUUUCUCUACAAGCGUUUUGGUUGUAGAUCCUUCCAGUUGAGACAGGGCUAUUGGUGCUGAAUAUACGCAGGGAAAAUUCCUACCCUUAGUUUCUGUAUGGGAAUAUUGUUGAUGGUCUUUCAUGUAAGUUUUUAAUUAUCCACCCUUCCUCGGGAAAUAUCCUUUAUGUUCCAACUUACGCUCCAAUUUUGUUUCGGAAAGGUGUAUUGAUUCUCCCAAUUCUCAAAUGAACGUAUUGAUCCAGAUUUACGACUGCAAGUUUCGGACCG